AUGUAUCUCGUCACACUCCUGGCCGCGAGCUUCUCCAUCCAACUACCUUACGCUCUUGCCACGCCUUAUCGCCAAGCUGUCAAGUGCGAGAACGAAACUAAUCCUCUACCUGGCCAGACAUGCGCGAUCUUCGCCGAAGAUUGGAACUUGAGUUUGGAUGAGUUCAAGGCGCUGAAUCCCGGUGUCGAGUGUCCUGAGCUUGAUCCAGUUGGUAGUUACUGUGUCAAAGGGGCUGCCGGCAAAGAUGAACAAGCUGGCGUUGAAUCCAAGACGACAAAUCCUACAUCUGCUAUUGAGCCAUCAUACGAUGAGAUGCCCGAUGCCUCUUCUGAUGUAAAUUCAUUUUCGAUCCCCAACUCAGACGAGGAGUCCUAUGCACGGCCUACUGUUCCUCAAAAGCCCUCUCCUACAGAUGAGUGUUGUGGAAACAGCAUCCAAACUCCGAAACCUAUUCAAGAAGGCAUGGUAGAAACCUGCAACAAAUUCCACUACAUUGAUUCCACCACCACCUGCCAAGGCGUUCUGGAUCAUUACAAGAUAUCCCUUGCCGACUUCAUCAAGUGGAAUCCUGCUGUUGGAGAGGACUGUACCAACAUGUGGGCGGGGACCAACGCAUGCGUCCGUGUCAAAGGCUACACUUCAUCUCCAACGAGAGACAUCAAGCCCAACCCAGCAGUCGACGAUGGACUGGCGACGCCUGAACCUAUACAGGAGGGUUUGGUCAAGAAUUGUGUCAAGUUCCACUACAUCGGUGCCGGGACUACAUGUAAGGAGGUUUUGCAUCACUACAAGAUCACCAUGGCCCAGUUUGCGCAGUGGAAUCCUGCAGUUGGCGACGAUUGCAAAACUCUGUGGAAGGGCACUUAUGCCUGUGUAGCUGCGGUUUGA